AUUAAGUUGGGAGGAGAAAGAAGGGAAGGCUGGGCGAAGCUCGCCUCAGCCCGGGGGCCCUCCUUUGAAACCGACUAAUUGGGGAGGGAAGACACAAAGGGAGGCGAAGGGCGCUCCGGAGAGGCGAGCGAGGCAGAGUGGCUGGCGGGUGAGUGGAGUCGCCUCCCGCGGAUCACCGGGGCCGAUCCCCCCCGCGCCAAGCUCGCAAACUUUUGCCAGGACUCGGGGCGCCGAGGGGAGGAAGCGAUCCCCGGCCAGCCUCGGGGAGGGGACCAGGCGGCCGGGCGCCCGCCAGAGCGGCGGCGGCGGGGAGGGAGGCGAGCACCAUGCGCCGCGCCGCCGCGUCCUGGGCCCUGCCGCUGCUGCUCGCGCUGGGGGGCUGGGGCCGGGCCCAGUUCCACGGGGAGAAGGGCAUCUCCAUCCCGGACCAUGGCUUCUGCCAGCCCAUCUCCAUCCCGCUGUGCACGGACAUCGCCUACAACCAGACCAUCAUGCCCAACCUACUGGGGCACACCAGCCAGGAGGACGCCGGCCUGGAGGUGCACCAGUUCUACCCGCUGGUGAAGGUGCAGUGCUCGCCGGAGCUCAAGUUCUUCCUGUGCUCCAUGUACGCGCCGGUGUGCACCGUGCUGGAGCAGGCCAUCCCGCCGUGCCGCUCCAUCUGCGAGCGGGCGCGCCAGGGCUGCGAGGCCCUCAUGAACAAGUUCGGCUUCCAAUGGCCCGAGCGCCUGCGCUGCGAGAACUUUCCCCGCCACGGGGCCGAGCAGAUCUGCGUGGGGCAGAACCACUCGGAGGAGGGCGGCUCGCCGGCGCUGCUCACCAGCGCGCCCCCCGCGGCCGGCCACGGCACGGCCGGCCCGCCGCGCUACGCCACGCCGGAGCACCCCUUCCACUGCCCGCGCGUGCUGAAGGUGCCCAGCUACCUCAACUACCAGUUCCUGGGCGAGAAGGACUGCGCGGCGCCCUGCGAGCCGGCGCGCCCGGAGGGCCACAUGUUCUUCAACCCGGAGGAGCUGCGCUUCGCGCGCCUCUGGAUCCUGGUGUGGUCGGUGCUGUGCUGCGCCUCCACCUUCUUCACCGUCACCACCUACCUGGUGGACAUGCAGCGCUUCCGCUACCCUGAGCGGCCCAUCAUCUUCCUCUCGGGCUGCUACACCAUGGUGUCGGUGGCAUACAUCGCCGGCUUCGUGCUGGAGGAGCGCGUGGUGUGCAACGAUCGCUUCCAGGAGGACGGCUUCCGGACGGUGGUGCAGGGCACCAAGAAGGAGGGCUGCACCAUCCUCUUCAUGAUGCUCUACUUCUUCAGCAUGGCCAGCUCCAUCUGGUGGGUCAUCCUCUCGCUCACCUGGUUCCUGGCGGCCGGUAUGAAGUGGGGCCACGAGGCCAUCGAGGCCAACUCGCAGUACUUCCACCUGGCCGCCUGGGCCGUGCCGGCCGUCAAGACCAUCACCAUCCUGGCCAUGGGGCAGAUCGACGGCGACCUGCUGAGCGGCGUCUGCUUCGUGGGCCUCAACAGCCUGGACCCGCUGCGGGGCUUCGUGCUGGCGCCGCUCUUCGUCUACCUCUUCAUCGGCACCUCCUUCCUGCUGGCCGGCUUCGUCUCGCUCUUCCGCAUCCGCACCAUCAUGAAGCACGGCGGCACCAAGACCGAGAAGCUGGAGCGCCUGAUGGUGCGCAUCGGCGUCUUCAGCGUGCUCUACACCGUGCCGGCCACCAUCGUCAUCGCCUGCUACUUCUACGAGCAGGCCUUCCGGCAGCACUGGGAGCGCAGCUGGGUCAGCCAGCACUGCAAGAGCCUGGCCAUCCCCUGCCCGCUGCAGUACGCGCCGCGCAUGAGCCCGGACUUCACCGUCUACAUGAUCAAGUACCUCAUGACCCUCAUCGUCGGCAUCACCUCCGGCUUCUGGAUCUGGUCCGGCAAGACCCUCCACUCCUGGAGGAAGUUCUACACCCGCCUCACCAACAGCAAGCACGGCGAGACCACCGUCUGAAGCCGAGGAGCCUCGCCAGAUCGGGGCCUUGGGGGUUUCGCCCGGCUGGGACCGCCUGACAAUCAGAGAUCGAAGCACGGGGCACUGGAGAGAGAGGCCCCUGGAGGAAAACCGAAGUAUUUAAAACUCUUCUAAUUAAAAAUCUAAUUUUUUUUGCUCUAGGUUUUUUUAAUUAACUAUUAAAGGGUGACUUUUGUAAUUAAAAUUGUAAAUAGUAUUUGUAAAUUGAAUUAUAUAUUUCUAUUUAAAAGAGAGAGAGAGAAGAGAACACCAGCAAUGAUCCCCAAACUUAUGGAGAGAGUCGGGAAAGAGGGGAAAAAAUUCCCCUCCCCCUCCUUUGGAUACUAUUUUUUUUCUUUACCUCUACCCUCCCUUCUCCGUGGAGCCCGGGGGACUUCGUGCUGUUUGGCUUGGCCCUUAAUGGGACAUUUUUGCCUGAACUUUUCAUAAGAGCCAGGUUUGUAAUCACUCCUCUACCCCCCUCCACACACCUCCCACCAAUCCCUCCUUUGAAGACCACAGAUACUGGUCUAGUUCCAGGAAGAUUUCUUCACGGCUCCUCAAAUUUUCCCUCUGCACUUUGGAAGGUUUGCAAGUAAUUUUCAGUAAUCUACAAAAUGGGGAAGAGAGGCUGGGAGCCUCCCCCACUUGCUAAAAUUUGGGCCCUGGCUGUGAGGAUCUACUUAUGAUGGUUAGUUGUCCUAAAGAAACUUCUCCUCCAAGGAAGAUUUUCCUGCCUUAAGCUGCAGAGUUCUCUUUGUUCCAUUUGUACAUUUAUAUUUUUUCCCAAAAGUUUUGUACAAAAGAUUUCUUUUUAAAACUACAUUUCCUUUAUUAAACAGACUUGUUCUUUGCACAUUCA